GCGCAGGGGUGAGGACUGUGCACUCAGGUUGGCAACACUGUGGAGUGGAAAGUCUGGGAAUUGCGAGAAUCUGACGAUUUCUGGGUGGAUGCUCAGCCAUCCCGAUAGUAUUCAAAUAUCAGGAAACACAUGAAUAUCGACGGCUACUUUUUAAUUCGGUGACUGUUUCUCAGCUUUAAAAAAAAGAAAGAAAGCGAAGUAGCGAGAAUUCUGGUGUAGCCUAUGCAUGUAUUCGAUUUUGCUAUGGCUGGAGCCUACUGCAAAAGUUUAUACGCCUUCACUGGAGAUCAGCACCAACAAGGAUUGAGAUUCGAGGCUGGGGAAAUAAUUAAAGUAAUACAAGCAUCAUCUGGUGGUUGGUGGGAAGGAGAGAAAGAUGGAGUGAGAGGAUGGUUUCCUGCAAGUUACGUCCAGGUUUUAGAGAGACAGGCAUCCUCAAGCCCUCUGCCAGGUGAUGAACUGGGCAGAAACCCUCUCCCACAAGGCUGGAAGUGCUACAUGUCACCACAGGGACGCAGAUACUAUGUCAACACAGCCAACAACGAAACUACGUGGGAACGGCCAUCCAGUGCCCCCGGGACACCGAAGACCCCACUGAGACAAAAGAACUCCACACCCACAGUGAAUGGAUUCCACGGUUCUGGAAGCCCCCUGCACCAGCUGGACCUGACCCACAUGCGAAAGCCCAGCGGCGACCAGCAGAGCCCUGGGUCCACUUCUCCCACCAGGAAACAGACCAGGGAAACCACAAUCACCAUUAACGGUGUCACUUUUCCCCUGCCUAUGAAUAUGCCAGAACAGCAACUCUUAAAACCCAGUGAGUGGAGCUACUGCGAUUAUUUCUGGACUGACAAAAAAGACCCCCAGGGAAACCCCUCUGUGUCUGGCUUCGAGGUUCUGCUUCAGAAACAGCUGAAGGGUAAACAAAUGCAGAAAGAAAUGGCAGAGUUCAUCCGAGAAAGAAUAAAAAUUGAAGAGGAAUAUGCAAAGAACCUUUCAAAGCUUUCACAGAUUCCCCUAGCUGCACAGGAAGAAGGCACGUUGGGAGAGGCCUGGGCCCAGCUGAAAAAAAGUCUGGCUGAUGAAGCGGAGGUUCACCUCAAGUUCUCAUCCAAGCUUCAAAGUGAGGUGGAGAAGCCCCUCCUUACAUUUCGGGACAACUUUAAGAAAGACCUGAAGAAGUUUGACCACCACAUUACUGAUCUCAGAAAGCAGUUGGCUAGUCGGUACGCUGCAGUAGAGAAGGCCCGCAAAGCCCUGGCGGACAGGCAGAAAGACCUGGAGGUUAAGACCCAGCAGCUGGAGAUCAAACUCAGCAACAAGACCGAGGAGGACAUCAAGAAGGCCCGGAGGAAAUCCACGCAAGCAGGGGAUGACCUGAUGCGCUGUGUUGAUCUUUAUAAUCAGUCCCAGUCCAAAUGGUUUGAAGAGAUGGUGACUUCAAGUCUGGAACUGGAGAGGUUGGAGGUAGAACGUGUGGAAAUGAUAAGACAGCACCUGUGUCAGUAUACAACGCUACGGCACGAAACAGACAUGUUCAACCAAAGUACGGUGGAGCCAGUGGACCAGCUGCUCCAGAACGUGGAGCCAGCCAAAGACAGAGAGCUGUGGGUGAACGAACACAAAACCGGGCAAAUCCGGCCGGUGGACAUGGAGAUCUGAACGAGUCAGGCCUGGAGCCACACUGUCCUCCAGGGGCCACGCUCACAGAGAGGCAUGGGGUGCAGCUUGACUUCAGGGCCACCAGUGUCCCACAUCUCACAGGAACACUCCAAGCUCACAACCUGAGACCAUUAACACCAACACUGCACGGACUGUAACCAUGAAGAUGGUUACAUGGUGAAUAUUUUGGUGUCACUAUAUUUUUGGAUCAAUAUUUAAGGCAUUAGCCAAGGGUGUAUUCGUGACUAACUGGAAAUCUGGUCUUAAGAAUAUGUAUUAGUCAGUGUAUUAUUCACUUUACUGGGAGUAUAUGAAGGCUUUUUCAUGAAGACAUUCCUCAUUUAAGAAUUUGCUUGGAACAAAACACAUGGAUCAUUGAAGCAGUGGAUUUUCUGUAGGUUAUAUUACAUUAUAUUACAUAUAUUACAGUAAAUCCUAUAUGCUUUCUGUAUUAAAUUGAACUUAUCACUUCAUGAUUUUGACUGGGGAAAUCCUAUGCAUUUAUAUUUUAAUGCUUUCCCCCUUUUUCAUCCCUAUGUGUAAUGCCCAGUUGGCUCAUUGCUACAACCUCUGUUAUCUAUUCUGGAAGCAUUUGACGGAUCAUAUUCCACAACAGUUCACAGGAUACCCAGUCACCCAGUGGUGGUUGCAAGUGUGCGAUGAGGCAGUGUAAACACUAGAGCCAUUUUUAUGAGGCUCUGUGGGGCUACAGCUCACAAGCAGAUUCCAAACAGACUGUGGAGCCCUUCCCUGCAGUGUAGGUGUCUAACCAGGAUGAGCCACUCAGCACCUCCAGUUGUGCAUUUAAGCACAGCCCAGCAGAAAUUCUUCACAGAUACAACCCCUUGCUAAUUUCAAUUAAUCAGAUGGGUAAAACUCCACUUUGGACUAGGACCCAUAUGUGAAUUGUAAUAUCCAAAUGAGCUUUUACUGAUACAUUGCGUAGUCUCUUAUUUCCUGAUGUGUUUUGCUAAUUUCUGCCAAUUCACAAGGGUUUAAGUUGCUUCACUUUGUCAUUACCCCCAAACAUUGUCCUAAUGGAUGCCUUAUAUGUUGAUCCUAAUCUAUAGUUUAGUCAGUGUUUCAUAGACUCUUUUCAGCUCAUACUGAGACUGCUUGCACAUGCACACAGUCCAGCUUGCUCUAAUUGCCUGCUUUGCAAUACUGGUCACAGAGGAGUAUUUAAUUAUAAUUUCUUCCAGUGCCUUUGGUCUAAACAAGGAAAUUGAUAUACAGUUGUGCAGUCCCUUCUUUAAAUGUUUUCUUCACCCACACAGUUGACAUUAACGUGGCAGUCUUACUAUGUGUCUGUGCAUGGUUGCUUUCACCAUUACAGUGCAUUUGAUAUUCUCUGUUCCACUAUAUUAUCCACUGGCUUCACAAGUAAUCAAAAUAUGAAAAUAAUUAUAUGUAUAUUUUCUAUAUUAUAUGCAUUUAAAUAUAAAUAUAUUAGUGAAUUGUGAAAUGAAGUAAAGAAGGUUAACUCAGUUUCCUGUAUGCAUAAAUAGACAAUGUACGCACAUAUACAAACACAACUGUAAAUUAAUAAAUGUUCCCGUUAUACACUAUGUCCUGUUUAAGUUUGACAAAUGAUCAAAUGUGGAAGGCUGAGCAAACUAUUUCAGUAAUACCUCUCUCCGCCACUAAAAUCAACUAUAGUACUAUAUGCACUCUAUUAUUUUAUUGAGCUCCUAUUGAAACUUCUGCAUGAAUGCAAAUGAAUAACUAAGUAAAUACACUCAGAAUUCAUGAAGAGGUUAUUUCAGUUAAACUUUACAUGUGAUCACUACAUUCAUGUAUAGUAAUAAAACCUAUUUUAUUAAUUUUCAAAUGUUAACUUGCGGGCCGCGCAGGACUCAUUUUGACAUGAGGACACUUUAUAGUGGUUCAGGUGAAGGCACAUAGACUUCCAAGGCAGCUGCUGUUUUUAAUCAAGCACAGAUUCAGGGAAACUUCGUCAUUCACACAUUCUCAAUAUCAAAUCAGUCUGCAUGAAUGAUUCAUAAAGGCUUUCAGAAAGUUUCAUUAUGGAAUGACUAAAUGCCAAAAACAUACUUUUCACACCUUCCUGUGAUUAAAUACUUUGGUGAAUGAUUGCAGUUUUAAUCAUAGCCUCAAAUUAUGUAUUUGUAUUUCAUACAGAAAAUACGUGAUGUGGGUAGAGACAAGAGUAGAGACGGUAAUCUACAUUCAGUCCUCUAUAUUGAAUGUGGGAUUUCUAAAACUACAGGUGUACCCAUGUAAGUCAUUGCCAUAUAUUUCAAGUCUUAUAUUUACACCAUUAAAAUGUAGAAAAACUGGAUUCAACCUUAGCUUGUGAUUACAUUAUGUGAAGGCCAUAUAUAUUUUAAAUAAUGUAAGAAAAGUGUAGGGUGGGUUUAUAAGUUGGCUUGUGUUCCUUGUGUUAAUUCAACUAUAUGCAAGGCAAACACAUGCCACUAGAUUUCCUCAGUGAAAAGAUACACCUCUCAUUCAAUUGGUGCUAGCCCACUUGUAGAACUAUGGUCUGUACUGGUCCUUAUGCAGGUGCAGGUGGGUACAGUCAACUCAAGAGGCACAACAUAGAAUUUCCAAAAAAUUGUACAACAAAAAGAUUUAUCAGUCCAUGCAAGUACCACAUAUUAUUAGUUGAACAUGCAUGCUUCUGAAUGUCAACAAUGGUUUGUCAAUGCUCUGAUAUUGUCUGACAAUCUAAGGAUGCAAAAACUAGCUUCUAUGAAAUGUGAUGAUGGCUUUGGCACUGCUAGCAAACAACAUGCAGGUGUCAAAAAUUUGAUCUGUGGGGCGCUGCACACGGAAUGUCUCUGUGGUUUAUACGCCAUGGUGAUAAUCUGUGCCUACAAGAUGAAAUACAUGGAAAAUGUUUCUGAUAGUGUCGCCCUGGAGGUAUUAUUCCAUUUUAUCUCUAUUUGUUUUCUUUUUGUUUUGUGAAUAUUGAUUUUCUUUUGAGAGAGAGAAGCCCUUGCACUUUCAAACAGAUAUGCUUGUGUCCCCAGAGUUUCUAAUUUAAUUUUUAUUCUGCACUUGUCCAUUUUUAAUGGGUCUUUGAAAAACAAUUAACAUAGUUGUAAAUCUGCACAUUUUGCAUAAUUUCAUUGCAACUGUAACAUGUUGAUUUUAAUGUGCAACUCAAUGUAAUUUUAUACAGUAGCCAAUGAGACCAAAGAGGAUACUUCCUGGUCCAUUUUAAAGCAAAGCUCCCAAUGUACAAUUGCUAUGGCUGUAGUCAUUCAACUAAUUACAGCAUAUCUCAUUUCCAUUUACCAAUUACAAAUCAGGAUUUUUAAAAUGUCUGCCAUGGUACUGAACAACCAGGGCAUUUUCUGUACAGGCCCUCUGAAAACCAGUGACUGGAACAGAAUGUCGGCACAGUUGCCUGAGGUAACCGUACUUGUCUCAGGCUUCCUUGCUUGGCAUACUACGGAAGAUUAAACAUGGACGCACUGGUGAUGACUCAGACUGCUAACUAACGGAUAGAGUUGGUUUUUUUUUGGUUUUUUUUCUCACUCUGCUGAUUGUAAAUGACCGCGACUAUGCUGUAGGUUGAGCUAACGAUGUGGCAAUAGCAAAAGUAUAUCUGUACAGUAUGUAUUUCUCAUAAACAUGAUUCACAGCUUUUUUCUUUUGAUACUAUGGCUGCUCUGUUUAAAUACCGAACAGGGAUUUCCUUUCUAAUGAACCAUUCGUUAAAUUACAAUACUGUGCAAUCCAGAACAAAAAUAUACGCUCAGUGGUUGAAAAUUUACAAGAAAUUAUAUAUAUAGUAUAGAUGUGUUGCAAAACCACGUGCCGUAGGGGAGGUACAGAUAAUAUAUUAAACCUAUUUUACACAAUGCUUAUUUUUAUACAGAAAUGAACAGGAACACUGUUUUGUUCUUUAUUCCUUUUCAGAGAUUUUUAACUGGAUAACAUUUUCAACUAAGUUUAUAUUUAAUCAAUCAUUAAAUCAGCAGCUUUUUUUCCCAUCGAAUUACCAUAAGUAUUACUGAUGUAUAUGUUAUUACUGUUUCAUAUUGAUGCCUAAAUGUUGUGCAAAGUGUAAUAUUGAAAUCUGAUUAUGUUGGAAGUAUGUAACUAGAAAAUUGAAAGUUUUAAAAGAUUGUAAAUGAAGAUAUAACUGCUCUUCAGUGAAUGUUUUGCAUUACUAUAAAACAUAUUGAUUAAAUUGGAUGUUAAACCUA